GGUAGCUCCAUUUAUGAGUUCUCUCUUACGAAGCUCAUGGGGUCUUCGUCAACUUAGAAAUUUUCUUUUUUCUGCAUAUAAAUAAUGGUGCAAAUCCAGAGAGCAACAACUCCAUCAACACUUUUUUCAAAAGAUUAACCUCAAAAGAAUCCGCAAAUCGCUAUGAGCCAAGAAACUACAGAGAAAGACUAGGGCUUCCCGGUCCAACUCCAAACCCUAUCGUCUAACACUCGCCAUUUCUUUAUACCAUCGUCAGCUUCAUUUUCGGAUCUUGAAUUUCGAGCGGUUGCCAGUCUCGCCCAAGGAGAUAGAAAAGAAUGAAGCAGAGCCAAGGGACUGCUACGCUCAGAGAAAUGCUGAGCAACGCACACCACGACGAGCAGCCUCCUCAGAAGUCGCUCCAGAUCAAGCAAGAGGACAGGUUCUUCUCCAAGCUGCUGUCGAGGGAGAGCUCGAGGGUGGACUCGUCUUCCAGGGUGUUCUACUAUGGAGGAGCCCCGCGCGCGGUGCCGUUCCGGUGGGAGUCGCAGCCCGGGACUCCGAUCCGGGACUUCGCGUCGUCGGACGCCGGCUCGUCCUUUCCUCCUCUCACGCCGCCUCCCUCUUAUCACUCGAAGUUGAAGUCGAAGUCGAGAAGGUUCAUGCAGAUCAAGAAUGUGGACGGUCACUUCACGCCCAAAAAGGUUUCAACGAAGAGCAACAUAUUUUCGAAGAUCAAUCAAAACACGAAGAAGCCGCAGCACGUUUCGCAGUCGUCGUCGGGAUCAUCGACGUCGUCCUCAUCCACGUGGUCGACGACCUCGUUUUCUUCGCCAUCAGUGGCCUCGGCUUCUUCGACAGAGUCCAAGUUCAACAGGCGAGACUCGUCUUGCGCUAGGUCCCCGCCGGUGCAUUUUGGGUUGGAGCACGCCAACGACCACGACGACAACGAAGACGACGAAGAUGAAGAAGACAUGUUCGAAUUGCCCAUUUCGGCGAUGAGAUUAGGUGCGAGAAGAACGUUCCUGCUGAAGCUCCGAAGUUGCUAUCCAGUGGCUAAGAUGAAGAAUACCUUCUGCUCCAUUUUGGGACAUGGUUCAGGUCAAGGAAGUGUAUAGAGCCAAGAGAUUUUUCUUUUCGUCCAAGGUUCUGGUUCUUCUUGCAAGCCAUGUAUGAAAUUACCGAAACCGCUUGUUUCGCGCUGUGUUCCCCUUCCUUAUUUAAUCUCUGACAUAAUGAGCUUCUUCGAUGUCAAGUUUCAUGUGCUGCACAGUCCAUCCAGCAAUCGGAAUUGGAGUUAGAUUUCCCUUUUGGCUUUGUUUUCAAAUAAAAAAUAAUGACAUCGUUAUUAUCUUGA